AUGACCUCAAUUGUGGUCUCAGGAGAUGUUGCCGUCACAACUUCCACGAUGGAUGACCCUGAAGAUAACUCCACAGCUGAUGUGAUUGGAUCAACCGAGCUAGAAGAGGGGCUUGCUGAUAUCGAGCUAGUUGGCGUUGGCGGACUAGAGCUUGAGCUAGGACUAGAGCUCGUCGUCGUGGUCGUUGAGUCCGCUCCUGCCCCGCCUCCACCUCCACCACCGCCACCAACAGGAGGAACCACGGGCACACCACCAACUACAGGAAUAGCGAUCGGAGCCACAGGGACAUACGGAUUUCCAUUAGCAUCUACAGUGGUAUAG